CCAUGUACAAUCAAUCAAUCAAACAGUUUAAGUUACAUGUGAUGUGACGUGGUUUUGUUGAUGUAAAAGUUCAAUGUAGUGAUCUGGAAUUUCAAUUAAUUUGUCUGUUAGAUGCAUUUAAUUCGAUUGAAUUAAAAGUUUAAGUCACAUUUCCUAUUAAAAUAUACAAAUUCUUGAAUUUAAACUCAGCUUUCUUUAUGAAGAAUUUAUUUGACCGUAUUUCAUUUCUAGCAUAGUUAAUAAAUUAAAUAUUUCUUUUUCUCAUAGAAAUGUCUGAAAGCGAUAGUGACCUUAAUUUUGAAAGUGCAGACGAAGAUGCCGAUUUUGCAUCUGGGGCUAAAAGUAAAGUUAAUCGGAAACCUACAUCAAAUGAUGAGCCUCCUGAAUCAUCUUCAAUAGAAGGUAGUGCGUCGUUUGCUGUUAUAAAUAAGAUUAGUGAUAGUAAUCUAGAGGCAAGUACUAACAUAGACGUACGUAUAAAUAUGUCAUUCGAUCAACAUUUUACAAGUGAUCAAAAAGAAAUUAUUAACGAUUCUGCAAAAUUUCAAUUUAAUGAUAAAUCACACGAUUCAAAAGUGUCAGAGACAGACAGCAAUUCAAGUGUCACGGAAAGUAGUAAUAAUCCAGAUCCACGUGUUGAUGCAUUAAAAGAAUCUGAAUUAAAAUCUGAGAAGAAAACAGAUAGUUCAGAGCCUUCCUAUCACCAAAAAGUCAGUACUACAAUAAUGAAAUGUGAAUCUGAGUUACAAUCAGAUACAUCUUUGCUGAAACCUGAUAAACAACAAACUGAAGAAUCUAAAACUCAUAGAGAAAGAGUCAUUUUGAGACUGGAGAAGAAAAAGCAGUUAUCGAAGGAAUCUCCAAUCGAAAGUGAAAAGCCUUCUGAUUUUGUUAACAUUCUGCAAGAUCCAAAUGAAAAAAAGUCUUCAUCUUGGGGUUUUAGCAGUUGGAGUUCAAGUUUACUGUCUUCUGCUGCUUCAUCAGUAUCUACUUUUUCAACUCAAGUUUCUCAAGGAAUUGGUAGCGUUCUUGAAACUGUUGAAAGUACCUUAGGCGCUCCUCCACCUGAGGAACUAGCUCAGACUUUGAAUGAGAAAAAAGCUGAAAAAAAGGAACUUACAAGUGUUGAGGAAGAGAAAGAAAAUGAAGGAAGUGGCCUGCUGCUAGGUAUGUCUUCUUGGACUAAAGUUUUGGAAAACACGGGUUCUAAAGUUAUAAUGGGUGGAUUGGAUACUUUAGAACUUAUUGGUAAAAAGACGAUGGAUAUUCUCACUGAAGGGGAUCCUGGAUUGAGAAAGAAACGAGCUGUUUUUUCUGGUGGAACCAAUCUUUCAGAGUUAUUAAGAGAAAUUAAAGCCAGAGCAGAUGAACAGUCUAAAGAAAACUCUGAGGAUGAUACAGAUAAUAUACAUUACAGCCAGAUUUUUGACGAAAAACAAGGUUUAGUUCAUCUUGAAGCACUGGAAAUGCUUUCAAAGCAAAGUCAGGCUAAAUUUCAAAGACUUUUAUUGAGACAUUCUAAACAUUCAGAAGUUAAAAAAAGAUUGGAAGAGAUAAAAUCUAUUUGUGAAAACAUACCAUUUUUGGAUGAUCCUUCAGAUUGUGAAAAUUUUGAGGAUUUUGAGGCUGUUUUUAAAAAGUACACUCUUGAAUUGAGUUUUCCUUUGAAUGUAGAAAACAUCAUAAAUACCCAAAGAAAAAUAAGCGAGACAAUCAGUAGUUAUGAAAGUCCUUCAGAAGACAUGCAGAGCCCACCUAAGGAAAUAUUUCAGUCUGCUAUUUGCAGUUUAGCAGAUUUUACUGCAAAGAGUAUUGAAACAUUCCACAAAGCAGCUGAACUUAUACUUGUUCAGCCGAAUUUAGACCCAGAUCUGGAACACUGUGCAACAAACCUCACUGGAUUAACAACAGUGAUGUGUAUUGAAGUGAAUAAUUUGGCAUCAAGAUAUCACAAAUGCUUGGAAUCAACAGCUGAAUUUUUGCAAAAGAAAGGGUUUUCUGAAAAUGUUGAUGUUAAAACUUUAGCAACUAAUGUUUAUGUGGAGGCUUCUAACAGUAAUAAUUACAUUCAAGAUGCGUAUCAAAUGCUAGUUCCAGUAUUACAAGUACGUUUUCUUGAAGCUAUAGAUUAAUGUGUUAAAAUAUUAUAAUCAAUGUAAAGUGGUUGUAUUUCUGUUUGAUUAUCAUUAUAAAUAAAUUUUAUUACAAAAAAGUUAAUGGCACUUAACUCUUCUCUUAGUACUUUUCUAAGUUAAACAAUCUGAAUUAUGAAUAAAAACUUUUCCACAUAACCUAUUAGUCAUACCACUUCGGUCUGGAAUACAAUGUAAUGUGCUACAAAUAAAAUUAAUUGCAUUGGACA